CCGGGCGCGCGUAGCCGGCGGUGCCCAGCUCACCCGGCAAGGCGCAGAGGCGGCGACCGGCCGGGGAGGGGACCUGCCGCAGAGACGACCGAUCCGGGAGGGGAUCCGAGCCAGAGGAGACCCACCAGGGAGAGGACCCUCAGCCGGAGCGUAGACCCGGGCCGGAGCUCCAGCCUGCGCGCAGGCCCGGCCGAGCGCCAGGAUGCAGGCCGUGGACCCAGCCUCUCGGGGCUUCUACGAGGAGGAUGGCAAGGACCUGGACUUCUACGACUUCGAGCCGCUCCCCACCCUGCCGGAGGAUGAGGAAAAUGUGUCCCUGGCUGACAUCCUCUCCCUGCGGGACAGUGGCCUCAGUGAGCAGGAGGCCUGGGCUGUGUGCCUGGAAUGCAGCCUGUCCAUGCGGAGUGUCGCCCACGCAGCCAUCUUCCAGACCCUGUGCAUCACGCCGGACACCCUGGCCUUCAACACCAGCGGGAAUGUGUGCUUCAUGGAGCAGCUCAGUGAUGACCCUGAGGGCUCCUUUGUGCCCCCUGAGUUCGACCUGACAGGGAACACCUUUGAGGCUCACAUCUACUCCCUGGGGGCCACACUGAAGGCUGCUCUGGAGUAUGUGGCAGAGCCUGAGCUGGAACCCAGGCUGAGCCCAGACCUGGAGGGGCUGCUGAGCCAGAUGCAGGCAGAAGACCCCAGAGACAGACCCGACCUGGAGAGCAUCAUAGCAUUGUGUGAGGAGAAGAUGCAGCCUGCAUCCUCAUGUCGCCUGUGCCGCAGUCUCUCUGCCAUUGGGAGAAGGGUGCUCUCCAUCGAGUCCUUCGGAGCAUUCCAGGACUUCAGUGAGAACACCUGGAGAGGGAGACCUGCUCCAAGAAAUAUAGGGCCUAAGAAGAUUCCUGGAGACCUCAGCACUGACCCAGAGGCACCACCUACCCCAGAGAGUCUGCUCCAGUCUCUUGCCUCUGGAGACGCAGAGCAGGAGUCUGGAUGGGGUUCUAAACCCCUGCCCUCCAAGCCACUGCUGUCAACACCCAUGAGAAAUGGUGAGAGCCCGGGCCAGGAAGGGCUGACCAACCUCGUCCUGGAUGCCAGGUGCCCUCUGGGUGAGCUGGACAGAGACAUCCUCAAGCGAAGUCGGCUGAGGAAGGCACAGACAUUUCCCAGGCUGCUGCCAGAAGGCCCUGAAACCAGCACUCUCUGCCUAUCACUGACCAGCUCAAGAAACCAGCUGACCGUAUCUGAAUUCUUCCCCCAAGACCCCAUGAAGUUCUUCCUGGAGGGGAAAAAUGGCCUUUCUGGCUUCAAGGCACAGCCCAAAAGCAGACUGUGGCCUGAGCAGGAGCCUGGACUCCAGCUGGAUAGGCUGCCAGGUGCAGGCCGCAACCCACACAGGAGCCCGGGAGCCUCAGGUCAACUGGAGGCCUCAUCUUCUAACCAGGGACCUGUAGAAGGCACACUUUUACCCUCCCCUGUAGACCCUGAAGAUUCAGACCAUGAAGGCCAGACACCUGGGAGCAAAGAGGGGAUUCCAAAAGGAUCUGGACAGCUGGGAAGUGCAGCCACAGAGAAGAGCCUGUCCCUUCAGGACCUACUGUCCAAGCUAGGUCGGCCCUUCAGGGAGUACGAGCUGUGGGCCCUGUGCCUCUCCUGCCUCAGCACUCUGCAGACACACAGCAAGCACCCAGCCUGCCUAUGCCUGGACAAUGUGCUGGUGGCCGAGGACGGGGCUGUGCUCUUUGGACCACCCCCUACCAACGGUUCCUACAACUCAUUCUUCCUGGCUCCCGAAGUGGCAGAAGAGAAACUGGUGACAGAGAAGGCUUCGGUGUACUGUGUUGCUGCAGUUCUGUGGACAGCAGCCAAGUUCAGUGUUCCACGUGACCACAAGUUGGCCCUGCCACGUAGGCUCAAGAUGCUCCUCCUGGACAUGGCCAGGCGCCAUGCCUCAGAACGGCCAUCUGCAGCUGAGGCCAUCAAGGUAUGCAGUGGCUACCUCCUUCAGCGAGGCAUGGACAGCAGGAAGAUUCUAGCCCAUCUGCGGGCAUCCACCUACAAGGUUCACCCAGAAGAAGAGACUAUCGGUCUCCAAAAUGCCUUCUCAGUGGUUGAACUGAAACCUUGCAUGGUGCCUGCUCCUGAGACCAGCCCAGGCUUCCUGCAAGUCAGCGGUGACACCAAGCUCAUCGCUGUGCCAGGGCCUUUGCCUGGUCCACCCUCCUCCUGCAAAGGAGCCUGUGAACUGCCAACAGCCUUCACCUCUGAGGCUACUCACUUUAAGCCCAUAGUCCUGGCUCAGGACACAGGUGUAGCCAGAGACCAGCUUGCCUUGUCCUCAGAGCCAGAAGAGAGGCCCAAGGAAGGGAGUGGCCAGCUGGAUAGAGAGGGAGCAGGAAGGCAGACAGCCCAGGAACUUGCUGAGGAUACCAACCUGAAGCUGUCUGACCAACCAGUACAUAGUCAAGAGCUGCAGGGAGCAGCCCCAGAACUUGCUGGUGACCCAGUACCUCACAGCUCAACCAAGGGGUGCUUCUGCCCAAGUGGCCCUGUCCAAGCUACCCAGCCAGAAGAGGCCAUGUCAGGGAUACCUAGCUCUCUUGCCUCCUCCCUGCCCCCUGAGCACAGGUCAGAUGAUCAGAACCCAACAAGUGAUACUCUACCCCCAGGGUCCACCUCAGCCAGCCAUGGUCCCCGACAUCCAUGCAAGCCACCCAGGGGCAAGGCUGCAAUGAGUCCAGACAGCCCUAAGGAUCCAGAUGGUCAUCCUGAGAAGCCUCGGCCAGCAGAUCGAAAGCUUGGUCCAUCCAGCAUGGAUACGUCAUCUUCCCCUAAGAUGACAGCCUGCCCCUCACUACAGGAAGCCAUGCGCCUCAUCCAGGAGGAAUUUGCCUUUGACGGCUACUUGGACAACGGGCUAGAGGCACUAAUCAUGGGGGAGUAUAUUUACGCCUUGAAAGACCUCACCUUUGCCACCUUCUGUGGUGCCAUAUCUGAGAAGUUCUGUGAUCUGUACUGGGAUGAGCAAUUGCUGCAGAACCUCUUCAAAGUGGUCAAUGGGCCAGCCUCACCCUCUGAGAGCACUUCUGAAGAACCAGGAUCCCAGCCAGAGUGCUCACCCAGAAGCUGCUCAUUGUCCAGCAAAAGGCCCUCACUGCAUGGACUGGGCAAGGAAAAGCCACCCACAGCUCGGGGCAAUGGAGGGCCCUGCUCACCCACAGCGCUGUCAGACACAGACUCUGAUACACUCUCCCAGGGAAACUUUGAGGUUGGAUUUCGGCCUCAGAAGUCAAUAAAAGCCACACGAGAGCAGCAGCCUGAGGCCGAAGUGGAUGGGCAGCCAGGCCCAGGCCAGGAGCCAGCUGGCAGGGCUCCAGACACUGUGGCCAGGCUGGCCAAGUCUGAGGAAGGCAGCCCACCUGUGCCCCCAGGCACAGCUGAUUUCCAGAGCUGCAGCCCUGGUUGGUCCAGUGCCUUCUAUGAAGCUGACUGCUUCGGGGCCGACGUCUACAAUUACGUGAAAGAUCUGGGGAGGCAGAAAGCCAACGGGCACUCAGAGCUGGAAGCCCAGAGUCCAGAGUUGGAGCAGCAGCUCAUGAUAGAGAAAAGAAACUAUCGGAAGACCCUGAAGUUCUACCAGAAACUCCUACAGAAGGAAAAGCGGAGCAAAGGAUCUGAGGUAAGGACCAUGUUGUCUAAACUUCGAGGACAGCUGGAUGAGAUGAAAUCCAAGGUGCAAUUCCUGAGCCUGGUCAAGAAGUACCUCCAGGUCAUGUAUGCAGAACGCUGGGGGCUGGAGCCCUGUGCUCUGCCAGUGAUUGUGAACAUUGCAGCAGCCCCCUGUGACACACUGGAUUUCAGCCCUCUGGAUGAGUCCUCCUCCCUCAUCUUCUACAAUGUCAACAAGCACCCAUGCAGUGGCCGGCAAAAGAAAGCCCGUAUCCUGCAGGCUGGCACACCCCUGGGACUCAUGGCCUACCUCUACUCCAGUGAUGCUUUCCUUGAGGGCUACGUCCAGCAGUUCCUCUACACCUUCCGGUACUUCUGCACACCACAUGACUUCCUGCAAUUCCUCCUCGACCGCAUCAGCAGCACCCUGUCCAGGUACCGGCUCCUGGGGGCCCACCAGGAUCCUAAAUCAACUUUCACAAAGAUCUACAGGCGAAGUCUCUGCGUCCUGCAGGCCUGGGUGGAAGACUGUUACGCUGUUGACUUCACAAGGAAUGCAGGGCUGCUAGGACAGCUUGAGGACUUCAUCUCUUCCAAGAUCCUGCCCCUGGAUGGCUCUGCUGAGCACCUGCUCAGUCUCCUGGAAGUAGGCACUGACCGGAGGGCUGAUAGUACCUCUGCAGGCAAUGACCUAGAGGACCCUAAGGAGGCAGAAGAGAACACCAGACCCUUUAAUGCCCUCUGCAAGAGGUUCUCAGAAGAUGGUAUCACCCGGAAGAGCUUCUCCUGGAGGUUGCCCCGGGGCAACGGGCUAGCACUGCCACACCAUAAGGAGCGCCAGUACUCCAUAGCAUCUGCCCUGCCUAAGCCCUGCUUCUUUGAAGACUUCUAUGGCCCCUAUGCCAAAGCCAGUGAAAAGGGACCCUACUUCCUGACUGAAUACAGCACCCACCAGCUCUUCACUCAGCUGACAUUGCUGCAACAGGAAUUGUUUCAAAAGUGCCAUCCUGUUCAUUUCCUAAACUCACGGGCCCUGGGUGUCAUGGACAAAAGUACAGCUAUUCCCAAAGCCAGUUCUUCUGAGUCUCUGUCUGCCAAAACCUGCAGUCUUUUCCUGCCCAAUUAUGUCCAGGACAAGUAUUUGCUACAGCUUUUAAGAAAGGCAGAUGAUGUCAGUACCUGGGUGGCUGCUGAAAUUGUGACCAGCCAUACAUCCAAGCUGCAAGUGAACUUGCUGUCCAAAUUCCUACUGAUUGCAAAAUCUUGCUAUGAGCAGAGGAACUUUGCUACAGCCAUGCAGAUCCUGGGUGGUCUGGAGCACCUGGCCGUGAGGCAGUCUCCUGCCUGGAGAAUCCUGCCUGCAAAGAUUGCUGAGGUCAUGGAAGAGCUAAAAGCUGUGGAGGUAUUCCUGAAGAGUGACAGCCUGUGUCUGAUGGAAGGACGGCGCUUCCGGGCCCAGCCUACCCUGCCUUCUGCCCGCUUGCUGGCCAUGCACAUUCAACAACUAGAGACAGGAGGCUUCACCAUGACUAACGGAGCCCACAGAUGGAGCAAACUCAGAAACAUCGCCAAGGUGGCAAGCCAGGUGCACGCAUUCCAGGAGAACCCAUACACGUUCAGCCCUGACCCUAAGCUACAGGCGUACCUCAAGCAAAGAAUUGCCCGUUUUAGCGGGGCUGACAUUUCCAUCUUAGCAGCAGACAACAGGGCCAACUUCCACCAGAUUCCAAGUGAGAAGCAUUCUCGGAAGAUUCAGGACAAACUUCGGCGAAUGAAAGCCACGUUCCAGUAGCCAAGGGUACCACCACCUGGAUGUGGACUUCAAAUGGGACAAGACCUGGGGAGAUGAGUCCAGUGGAAGGAAUACCCAGGGCCACAGGCUGAGGCCUGCACUCACUGAGUGCCCCCAGGGAAAGGAGUUUUCCCAGAGCAGAAGUGGAAACUGCAAGGGACUAACCUAAGGCCCUCAUCCACAGGGAGGACUAAACCAACACCAAGUC